UGCAUCAUCAGUGGUACCUUACAAGUCACCUGCCAAGGGCUCUUUCGGGAAGAACUCCUUCAUCAUGAAGUACGCUCUUGUUGUGAUGUUGCUGAUUGGCCUCAGCUUGGCGGUUCCCGUUCCUGAGAAGGAGCAUAGAGAGAGUGAGCGUUUCUCCAGUCGGAAGGUUCCACUGGAGAACCACAGGAGGAGCGAGCGUUCCUCCAGUAAGGAGAGGUACGGUGGAUAUGGUGGAUUCGGUGGAUUCGGUGGAUACAGUCCAUUUGGCGGGUAUCCACAAUUCUACCCCUACAUGCCACCGCCCUCCUACUCCCAGCCCUCGUCCAACUCCGCCUCGAACAUCCUGCUGCCCUUCCUCCUGGCUCGCCUGUUUUCCUCCCCGGCCCCCACUCCGGCUCCAGCAGGAAAAUAAGACAUCGGACAUGGGCGUGGUGACCACACAGACGGCGACCCAAAGUGUCACAUGAGAGAUCAAUAAAACUCCCUGAGUUACUGAGUUA